CCCACAUUGCCAAGUGGAGUAAUGAUCUUUGCCAUCGUCGUGUUCGGUUCCAUCAUCAACGAAGGUUAUGUCAACACGGACAAGUCCCCCAUGUUGCGGUGCAUCUACAACGCCCACGAGGGAGCUUGCAACUACGGCAUCGCCAUCGGCCUGAUCGCCUUCCUGGCCUGCAGCUUCUUCCUGGUGGUGGACCUCUACUUCCAGCAGAUCAGCAGCGUGAAAGACAGGAAGCGCGUGGUUCUUCUGGACCUGGGUUUCUCAGGAUUCUGGUCCUUCCUGUGGUUCGUAGCUUUCUGCUUCCUCGCCGACCAGUGGCGGAGGACACCGGCCAGCCGGGAAGCCUCGCAAGGAGGGGAUGCUGCCAGGGCCGCCGUGGCCUUCUCCUUCUUCUCCAUCAUCUCCUGGGUCGCCCUGGCGCUCAAGGCCUUCCAAAGAUACCGCCUGGGGACGGACAUGUCUCUCUUUGCCACGGAUCAAUUUCCUCCUGACCCCAACGCUGGGUACCCGGGCUACCCCACGGGCAGCGGCGUCGAGAGCACGGAGACCUACCAGAGCCCGCCCUUCUCCGAGACCUUGGAUACCAGUCCGAAAGGGUACCAGGUGCCGGCGUAUUGAAGGGGGCGAGAGGCCUCCCCGUGCGGUUGCACAGCCGAGGGGAACCAGACCCAGAGAAAAGGGCCCACGACCCUUCUGUGGUGCAGUAUAGUCCGCUGGUUGGUUGCAAGUGUAUUCCAAGUAACUUUUUCAUUUUUUUUCUUAAUGUGGCAAGUUAUGUGCCUGGGUUAAACUUGCUCUUAGCUAAUGGUGCAGUGAAUCCUGUACAGUGAUAUUGGUUCUUGUCUUACCUGUCCAAGAAUCCUUUCUCUUUUUUAAAGACGAAAAGCAACAGUGUUCCCUCUAAGCAUGAAAUUCUAGGACGGCUGCUACGCCCAUCGUGUGAGCCUGCCCCCCCCGUCGCUCAUUUUGCUAAAAGCGGACGGUUAGACCGGCCCGUUAGAGACACCUACUCUGAUCCCGCCCCAUCCCGUUAAAAAGUCGAUGCUUUAUCUUGUCUUCCAGAGAUACGAGGGACCGUUCACGGCACCCUCCUUCCGUUUUCCUGUUUCUCUCUUUCUUUUACUUGACAGCUGUAGAAAAUGUCGUUUCCAAAGUGUGCCAAAUGGAAAGCCAAAAAUAAUCAUUAGAAGGUGUCUUCCUGCCCCCCAACCCCUUGAUGUGCACACCGAUUAUGUAUAAGACCUGUCCUACACGAGUCAACACUGGCAACGCACACCACAGCGUUGCCAUUCUAGUUCUGCCCGGGGGGGAUUUUUCAGACGCGCUUGGCGUUGAAACGUUAUUUGUUCUUCCUUUUAACGAAAUGGCUCCUGUCAAUAAAAAAAAUAAUAAAAGAGUCAAACCGGUUCCACAGCCAGAAAGGUAACCAAGAGAAGCUUCUGAAAGGUCAUAAAUGUAGCAUUUAGGUAGCCCAGGGGUUAUGCAGAAGUAGGGCUGAGCCGCUUGUAACCCCCUAGGUAUAUCUUCCAGUUUGAUGAAACCCAGCCUAUGGGUGCCUCAGUUUCCUUCAUGGAAGGAAGAAACCAUCCAGGUGGGUGUGAGAAGGAAAAGGGAAGGAAAGGGGGCUUCUUUUAGGGGAAAAACUGUUGAUGCAACAGCUUGUGGGGAGAGGCAUCAUUGUCUACUUGUUUUCUAUAAGACUGGCUUCCUCAAAAUGGUACCCAACCAGUUGGAAACCAAUAAUGCCUUUAACUAGUGCACAGCCUCCCCCCACCCUCAUCAGUGGUGCCAAAAUAUGCCUCUGGUGACCCCGUUCAUGUCCCCCCCCCCCGUGCAGAGACGUGACGGCUUCUCUGUCUUUUUAAUUUGCCCAUGUUUGAAACGCACAGCGAUCUCACAGCGGCACAACAUGCCCUCCGUUAUUGGGGAAACGACCCUUUCUCGUUCGGCAAAGGAGGUUGAGGCCAACGUUUCCUUGCAGGAGACGUUUAGGAAGGAGAAAACCUGCAAGUCUCCGGCGUGAGGGUUCAGGAGAGGACGAGACCAGGCAGGACUGAAAUAGUAAUAAGGGGAGUGGAUGGAGAGGGGUAAACCCGACAAGGGGAUAUUUCUGCUGCCGGUAAACUAACUUUAAACCUUCACGGCAACCUCAUUCUUUGUAAGAACCUAAUAAGGGGAAUGGAUCUUAGACAUUUCACUAGAGAUUAGGUCCGAUAAGCAAGGCCCGAGGACUCAAGCAACCCUCGGUCCCGAUUCGCACCCUAUUUGCGCGAGCAAAUCAUGAAUGCAAGCAAAUCGGUAUUGCGGCCGAACAGCCGCGCUGGGUCUUCAACCCAGGUAGACGAAGAUUUUUUUUAAAUACAGGGUACGAGCAGAACUGUAGCAAUAUUUUCCUUAGAGAGAACACUGCCAUAUUAGCUGCAGACAAAAGUGUGAUUAACUAUUUGGG